GAUCCAGCUAACAGGUGCCCACCCGGCAGUCACUCUGUCGUCCUCGACAGGGACACACCUCGCGACCCUCACUAAACAUACAAAAAAAACCACAGCUAUGCCUAUUUUGCUAUAAAAACGCGUGUACCGCAUGCCCGUCAAAUAAAACUGCAAUAUAUUCUAUGCGCCUGAUCAUUUUAUGUUAGCAACACGUUUUGCGCCGCGUCCUACUAGUUGCGCUUUAAAAUCAACAGGCGAUUGUUAAUGUUAGUCGAUACGUCUUUUACUGUUGUUAUAUUUUAAAUUUCUUGUUGAAUAAUGUAACUUCAUAUACAAAACUUGUGUCUUCAAGGUAUUUCUUAGAGAUAGGUGUUUUGAUAAAUAUAAAAUACUAGUACAAGCAUCUAAAAAUGUUGUGACUUACGACUGUCCUCUGGAAUUAACUUCUUAAAAUCACAAUCCCGUCGUGAUGUUGAGUCCGAAGAUACAGCGCGCCAUACGCGUCAACGACGGCCAACUCAUAGCGCUCUCCGACCGCGCGCAGUACGAUCACUCGCAGGCUGGAUAUCUACACAAGCGAACUUCAGACAACUCAAAAUGGCAACUGCGCUGGUUCAUUCUUUAUCAGAACCUGCUGUUCUACUACGAGUCGGAGAACAACACGCGGCCGACGGGCGUCCUGCUGCUGGAGGGCUCGUACUGCGAGAGACUCAGCAAGUCGCCCAUGGACAGGAAUGCCUCGUUCUGCUUCACGAUCUCGUACCGUCGCGACAGCCAGCGGCAGUACGAGCUGCGCGCCGCCUCCGAGCUUGACUGCGUACACUGGGUCGACGCCAUCCGGGACGCCAGUUUCAACAAGAUGCUGCUCCAGAAGGAGGAGCUUGAACAGAAGCAGCUGCACCUGCUGCAGGUGGUGGAGAGCGAGCGCACUUCGCGCUGGCAGUACGCGCAGCAGUGCGACGAGCUCGCCAACGAGGUCAAGAAGCUGCGGACAGAGCUUUACGCUUAUAAAAAGGAGCAUGAGCCCACGACGCGCAGGUCUUCCGCCGCCAGCCUCAGCCAGUCGCAGUCCGAGGACAUCGACCCUGUGGAACUGAGGAAGAUCAAGAAAGUCCAGAGCUUCUUCCGAGGCUGGCUCUGCCGUAGACGCUGGAAGCAAAUCGUGGAGCAAUACAUCAAGAGUCCACACGCGGAGAGCAUGAGAAAGAGAAACAGUCUCGUCUUCAAAAUGGUCGAGACCGAAGAGGAAUAUUUGGAGCAGUUGGAGAUUUUGGUGACUUGCUUCCUAAGGCCAUUUAAAAUGGCGGCCAGCUCCAAGAAGCCACCGUGCUCGCAUGAAGACGUCAAUUCCAUAUUUCUGAACAGUGAGACAGUGCUGUUCCUGCAUCAGAUCUUCUUCAAAGGCCUCACGUCGCGAAUGGAGUCCUGGCCUACGCUAGUUCUAGGAGAUCUCUUCGACAUGUUGCUGCCAAUGCUGACGAUCUACCAGGAGUAUGUCCGCAACCACCACUACUCGCUGCAGGUGCUGACAGAGUGUAAGCAGAGCCAGCCUUUCGCUCAGCUGCUAGCGAGGCUGGAGAGCAAGCCGGCUUGCGAAGGACGGUCAUUGGAGACCUUCCUGACCUAUCCAAUGCAUCAGAUCCCCCGCUACAUCGUGACUCUACACGAGCUGCUGGCCCACACUCCGCACGACCACGUGGAGCGCCGCAGCCUGACCCACGCUCGGGCGCAGCUGGAGGAACUGUCCCGGCAGAUGCACGAUGAGGUCAGCGAGACAGAAAAUCUCCGAAAGAAUCUAGCCGUUGAGCGCAUGAUUAUUGAAGGAUGCGAUAUUCUUUUAGACGUAAAUCAAGUCUUCAUCCGACAAGGUGUCCUAUCACAAGUGGUGGGUAAGGGUCGCAAGGCAUCGCUGCAGGCUCGCCAAGCGUUUCUGUUCAGCAAGCAUCUACUCCUGGCGACUCGUGCAGCGGCAGGGCGGCUGCAUCUGCCGCCGGCUGCGAGACUUCCACUGCAUGAUGCACUGUUGAUCGAGGAUCCUUCGAGCCGUGAUGAUGAUGAUGCAACUACUGGAAACGCAUCGCCCGGUGGAGACCAGUACCAAGGGAAAGACUUCAAGAUACUAGUGGAGGUUAAAGGCGAACAGAUCUGCGCGCAUUUAGUGGCUCCAACCGUCGAGGAAAAAGCGGCUUGGACGAGCGAGCUAGCGCAGUGCAUGGAGAGCGCUGCCCUAACCGAGCUAUUACGAGCUUGCGGUGGUGGUAACGGCACUUCAGCGAGUCUACCAGCUUGUCGAGCUGAUAGGACCCUGUUCACUGAUGAUGUCGAUAUCCGGUUCAGUCGCACCCAGCUGAACUCCUGCAAGGUGCCGCAGAUACGGUCGGCGACACCGCAGAGGUUGCUGCAGAGGCUUACAGAUCUUCGCUUCCUCUCCGUGGACUUUCUGAACACGUUCCUGCUGACGUACCGCGUGUUCACGGACGGCGUGACGGUGCUGGAGGCGUUGCAGCACGUGUUCUACGAGCAGUCGCAGCAGGAGAUGGAACUGGCACCACCACAGGAUGCCACACGGAAGACCAGCGCGGCCAGCUCCGUGUCAGGAUACGGAUCGGAGUACAGCGACCGUGACUGGCAGUCACAGUUCUGGCGGGGAGCAAAGAAAAGUGAAGAUGAGGAUAAGCUUUCGCCGCAUCUGAUGGCUCCAUCUCGUCGCACCUCGACUGUGAGCAAGGUCGAGGAAGAUAAAGAAGAUAACAGCCACCUCACAAUACCAAAGAUAAUGGCGACGUCUUCUAGUAACGAAACAUUAAAAGGACCCUCUCCAUCAUCUCCCGGCGCUCAGAGCUCAGUGACGUUGGUCGGAAGUCCAAAACGGGCUAGUCCAGUGGAGAAAAAUGAGAAAGAGACCCCACAACCACCACCUGUGCCAAAGAGGGAGCCACCGAAGAAUGGAAGACCUAUUAUAACUAAAGUAGAGAGUAUCGAGCUUGUCGAUCAAAGCGAUGAAGAUGCGAAAGGAGAACCGGAGAGGAAACAGUACAAGAUCGACGAUAAAUUUAAAAUAUCCCAACGCUUCUCGGAAGUUUGCAAUCGCGUGCGCACCAUGACGGAGAGUCCUCGUCGGCUCGUGCCGGGCGGGUGCAGCGCGGCGGACGCGCGCCGCCGCUCCGAGGGCGCCCGCGCCGCCGCCGCCGCGGAGCUCCGUCGCGCGUCUGAUAUCACUGCUCGCUCCGUACCACGACGGUCUGUCAGUGAGCGCCGCUGUACCAGCUCCUCUAUCAACAGUGACAGGCGUCGCAUGGUUAGCUCAGACCCGCGCUCAUCUGUUACCUCCCAGGUGUCUCAGAUGCAGAAUUAUCGUCGGGAGACGAGUCAAUCCAAGGCCGGGGUUGUCAUCACAUCCUUCCGGCAGUCCCACAGGAGCUUCGGAAAAGACCUGUUGUGGAGCAGCACGUCGACGGCUGCUGCUGCGUUUGCUGUUGCUACUUCAGCGUCAUCGAACCCUCGAUCUCCGCCGCCGUCAUCACCGCCUCAGACCAGGCGCGACUCUGUCAUAUCGACUGCUGCUACUAUGAGAGUUCUGAAUGUGUUGAGGCAUUGGAUAUCAAAACAUUCCUCCGACUUCUGGUCUGACGAGAAGCUGCGGACCAUGACCAUGGAUUUCCUCAUGGAGAUCGAGAGCAGCCCGGGCCUGCUGCCGGCGGAACACAAGUCUGCCGCCCAGCUGCUGCGACUCCUUGAGCGUGCUCCGAACAGACCUGUAGAUCUGCAAGCUUUACUUGCCCCACCACGAGUUCCAUCUAAGGAUACCAUCGAAACUCUAUCGGCGCUCGAGAUUGCUGAGCAAAUGACUUACCUGGAUUACCAGAUAUUUAGCUCCAUUCAUAGCGAGGAGUUCCUUGGACAAGCGUGGGCCAAAGACGACAAGCUGACUCGGGCUCCACACAUUCUGAUGAUGACCAGCCACUUCAAUCACAUCUCCAAUCUGGUGAUUUCUGAGAUUCUCAGGAAAUUCACUAUUGCUGGUCGUGCAGCGGCCAUCGAGAAGUGGACGGCGGUGGCUGACAUCGCGCGGUGCCUGCAUAACUACAACGGCGUGCUGCAGAUCUGCGCCGCGCUCUCCAACUCCUCCAUAUUCCGCCUCAAGAAGACCUGGGAGAAGGUGUCUAAGACCAGCAAGCAGUCGAUAGAGAGAAUGCAGACGUUGAUGUCGUCUGAGUAUAGAUUCCGCAUUCUGAGAGAAACGUUGCAUAAUGAUCCGCCGUGCAUCCCGUACCUGGGCAUGUACCUCUCUGAUCUGUCGUUCAUCGAGGAGGGCACCUCUAACUACACGCCCGACGGCCUGCUCAACUUCUCCAAGAUGAGGAUGAUAGCUCACGUGAUCCGCGAGAUACGGAACUUCCAGCAGACUCCCUACACCACCAUCAAACACAAUCCUAAAGUGUGCGAGUUCCUCCUCGACCGGUCUCUCAUCAUCAACCCGGAGCGUCAGUACUCGUUAUCCCUGGAGCUGGAGCCCCGUGCGGCGCGCGGGUCGGCCGGGGCUCUGCCCCCCGCGCCCGCCUCGCCCGCCGCGCAGCGCCGCCGCCGCGCCUCCCUUGCCGCGCUCGCACCGCUAGCGCCGCUCGCGCCACUGGUAGGACGUAAUCAGUAGAGCGUGUA